AUGGCUUCGCAAGUCCGCUACUAUAGCAUCCCCAACUUCCGGUUCCAGGACGGCACGGCCCUGCCCGUCGCCAGGAUCGCGUAUCUCUACAUCAACUCGUCCGCGUCCAAGCUCGCCCUGAUCCCGACCUGCUUCAAGGGCACCUUCCAUACGACGCUCAACUUCUGCACUGGCGCCCUGCGCGACCACCGCAUCAUCGUCGCCGCACAGUUUGGCAACGGCGAGUCCUCGAGCCCCGUGGCCGCCCAGCACGCCCUCCUCACGCAACACCUCGGCAUCACCACGCCCAUCGACGUGGUUCUCGGCUUCUCGUUGGCCGGGCAGUGCACGUACUACUGGGCCGCGACGCACCCGUCCCUAGUCCAGCGCGCCGUGGUCAUCUGCUCGUCCGCCCGCACGAGUGGACAUAACCGGCAGUUCCUCGAGGGCCCGGCCGCGGCGCUCGAGAACGCCAUCGACUUUGCAGGGAGGAAGCAGGUCGCGCCGGCGGGCCUGGCGAGGGGGCGACUCGAAUGCCCGAGGGGCGUGCGCGCUUUCGCCAAGGCGUACUCGGCGUGGCUGACGAGCGCGGAGUGGUACGACCUGGAGAAGUGGCGCGAGCUGAGGUACGAGUCGCUCGCCGCGUAUGAUGAGGAUGCCACGGGGCCCAGGUAUAAGGGGAGCUUCCCGGAUGACCUGUUGGCGAUGUUGAGGGCGUGGCAGGGUGGCGAUGUGGGUGUGUGCUUUGAGGGGAAGGCGAGGCUGCCGCUGGAGGAUGUGCUGGGGCGGAUCGAGACGCCGAUAUUGCUCAUGCCGUGCAGGACGGACCAGUACUUCCGCUGGGAGGCGAGCGAGCGCGAGGCGGCGAUGCUCAAGAAUGCGGGGCUCGAGGUGAUCCCGUCGGUCUGGGGCCACGUUGCCGGCGGUGGCAUGGACCCCGAAGCCAAGGCAUGGAUGGAUGGCAAGAUCGCAAAGUUUGUCGAAGAGAGCUAG